AUGCCAGAGGCGGAGUCGGCUGUGUCGUCGGGGGCGAAUGUGUGGGUCGCCGUGGCGGAUGGUGAUAUGGAGCGCGUCAAAUAUUUACUGGAGCAUGAGGGUGUGACGUCGACCAGCAAGGACGAGUCGGGAUAUACGCCUCUGCAUGCAGCCGCCUCGUAUAAUCAGCAUGAACUGCUGCAGUACCUGUUGGAGCAAGCGGACGACGCUCAAGAGGCCAUCAAUGUCACUGACAAUGAUGGUGAUACGCCUCUGUUUUUCUGCGAUGUGCUCGAGACCGCCAAGCUGGUCGUCGAGAAGCAUGGCGCGGACGCCCAGCAUCGCAAUCACGAAGGGCGCUCGGCCGCGCAGAAUGCGUUAGAGAAUGACAGUGAUGAUAUUGCAGCUUAUCUCGCCUCCAAGACGGGCGAGACGCUCGCGUAUGAAGAGCAGGCGCCUAUGGGGGAGGAGGAGGAGGAUCCUCGUGUCGACGAAGUCAUGCAGCGCAUUGAGGACAUUAUGCAGCGGGCUGAGGACACCCAAACAGACCCCACCGAGGAGCUGCAGCAAGUGGUGGGCGCGAGCAUCGUUCGUCAGAUCAUGGAAGGAUAUGGCCGCGCUACGUAG